AUGGAGACGGAUCAUUCCAGGAUGAUUCUACCGCGUCCAAGCGCAGACGAUAAGGAUUUCCAAGUUCAAAACUGGCUAGAAAGACUUCCCGUCUGCGGCGACGAUACGUUUCGGUGCGAGCUCGAUGAGACGCGAUCAGAGUUGACUCGUCUCACCCAGGAGCUUGACGCUGUACGGGGCAAGUACGAAGCUUUAGGAAUAGAGUACAGCAAGUUAUUCGCGCAAUAUCAAGCCGUCCUGAAUAGACACCAAGACGUCGUGGGGAGAUACCAGGUCCUUCAAAGCCAAUGCCGCCGUGCUUGCGCCGACCUUACGAAAGCUUUCGACCAUAGGAGAGAGCUAGCUUUUGUUCGGGAAGAGCUGCAGGAACAAAUAUCUCUUCGAGAGGCUGCCGAGAAUUCCGAGAACUACUUUCGGGGCGUUUGGGAGAAGUAUACCGGUGUUGAAUACAGGUCGAUACGGGAGCCGGAUAAACGUGACGGGGUUAUUGAAAGGCUAAAGCAAGAUAUUCGAAGAAAGGAUGCCGAACUACGCGAUCUAAGAGGUGAAGUGGAAUUACUUAAGAAGCUCAUACAAGAGACGCCGCAAGCCCCUGAGAGUCUCGAAGCAGACGAUUACAAGGUCCCUAAAUUGGAAAAAUCUUAA